AUGGCGGGAGAGGAGGAUGCAGGACGAAAAAAGGCGGGAUUCACGUGUUGCGUAGGGUCCUGCGUGAAUUAUACGUACAGUUUAAAAUGUGUAUCACUAUUUGCUGCUGCGGGUGACAAUCAUAUUUGGAGUACAGAUGAUCUUCUUCCAGCGUUUACGUAUGUAACAGUACGUGCUCAAAUACAGCAUCUUGGUGCUGAAAUUCGUUUUAUCAAAGAUUUUGCGCCUUAUUUGCAAAACAGUGGUCAGUUAGAGCCAAUGUUUACAACUUUGAUGGCUAGUUACUGUCAAAUUUGUAAUGAUAAAAGUAUGCCUUAA